CUCAUUUUCUCUCUCUUCCUAAAACCCUUUCCUCUGCUCUUUUGUCCUACCGCCAUUGCAAUUCAUAGCUCUCAUUUCAACUUGUCUCCUUUUUUCCCCCUUGAAAUCUAAAGCGAAAAACCGAAUUUGGAGAUGUUGGUGAGCAGAAUUUCAUCUCGGUUCCCGAGAGCCAUAUUAAAUCAGUGCCGCAGCUCGGUGCUCCUUUAUUCUCGAGAACAGCAACGGAAACAGCACGUUCCCGUUCUUGCAUCUCAGUUCCACUCACUUCGUGAUUUUAAAGAAAAGGUAUCUCUAUUCCAUGAAUCUGCCUUGCAACGAUUUGGAAUUUCAUCCUCUGCAUCUCCCCAACCUAAUAAAAAAGAGACAUCUCAGUCUCAAAGUGACCCAGGAAGCACAAAAGUGAAGGGAGAUUGUGAAGCUUCAGUUUCUGCUGAUUCUCAGGUUCAAGAUGAGAAGGAUGAAUCAGGUUCUGAUAUGGCAUCCAAUAAUAACAUGAAUGAAAAUGUCAAACGAAGGAGAAGACGUACUAAACAAACUGUGUCUUCUGAUUCUGAUUCUGAUUUGGAUACAGAGGACCUUUCUAGGGAUGACUUGGUGAAACUUGUGGCUGAGAAGGAAGAACUCCUAAAGAUUAAAGAUGAUGAGUUUCAGAAAAUGCAGGACAAAGUUCUUCGCACUUAUGCAGAGAUGGAGAAUGUCACGAACAGAACUAAACGGGAAGCAGAAAACUCCAAGAAGUUUGCCAUUCAAAAUUUCGUGAAAGCGCUUCUAGAUGUUUCUGAUAAUUUGGGUCGGGCUUCUUCUGUUGUAAAAGAGAGCUUCUCCAAAAUUGAUGAAUCUAAGGAUACUGCAGGAGCUGUGCCACUUCUGAAAACACUACUGGAAGGUGUUGAAAUAACUGAUAAACAGCUUGCCGAGGUAUUCAAAAAAUUUGGUGUCGGAAAGUAUGAUCCUACAAAUGAACAAUUUGAUCCAAAUAAGCAUAAUGCAAUAUUCCAAGUACCCGAUCCUAAGAAGGCUCCUGGCAUGGUAGCAGUUUGUCUCAAGUCGGGGUACACCUUACAUGAGCGAAUCAUUCGGCCAGCUGAAGUUGGUGUGACAGUAGCAGUGGAGAGUACACAGGCGGAUCAAAGCACUGAAUCUUAAACAGGUGGGUCACAAGCCAAGGUUUUGGAGCUGGAAAAUCUGUAACAAGGUGAAAUCGGGAGAUCAAUUUUAGCCCUCAAGUUUGAAAAGGAAUCAAGUUCUAGAUCCUCCAGGGGAAGCGGUGGGUCGCACAGAUCUUAAGUUAUAGUUUCUUCUAUUAUUCUUUAUUAAUCUUAAAUCUUUUUGUUUUGCUAAAGUUUACUCUAGGAUUGUGUCGUCGGAGUGGUCGAAACAAUCACGUGAUUCGUUGGUUAAUAAUGACAUCCCUAUUGCGCUGUCCAAAUUAGAGGUAUUAUACCGUUGGGAACUCCGUAUGAGGAGUGAGCAUAUCCUUUUUCCAGGAAAUUACAGCUCGAGCCUUAAACCGAGUAGUGUCUGUUUUCAAUGGACUUGUCUUUUGGAUUGUCGAUAUUCUAGUAAAAGGUACUUAACUUCCAUUUUCUAAAUUUUGAAAUUGAAUUUAGCACAAUCUCAAUGUGCAAUGGUUUUACCAA